UCUCAAUGCACCUUAACAGAUCUUUUGACUUGAUGAAACGGCUCUGACUUUUGGAUAGGGAAAGAUGAACCAUUUCUACAAACAUGAUGUUAUGGAGUUGCAGUCUAUGAAGUCAGUUUCUAAGUCUCUAAAUGAAGGAAUUGUCUCGAUCUGUAACAUCUGCAAGUCCCUUAUGGAUGCACAAGUCAAUCCUACCACUGACACAUGCUCCAAUUACAAACAAAUCAGGGGACAUAUCGAGGAUGCUGAGCAGUGCAUGAAAAAUACUGAGAAAAUGAUUCAAGAAAAAUUGGUAAAUUUGGAUGAACGCAUGGAGCAACUUAUUAGAGAGAAGCAAAACGUUGAGCAGCAGAAGAAAGAAAAAAGCAUGACCAUGAAUAAAUUGCACGAAGAGAAGAAGUCUGCUGAAGUUUCAUUAGAGUGUUCCAAAGCAGCUUUGACACAGGCUAUAAAAAACCUAGAAUCAGCAAACUAUGCCCUAAGAGUACAACAAGACAGGAAGAAUGCAGGUGAAGGACUGACAAUUGCAGGUGGGGUAUUGCUUGCAAUACCAAUUAUUGGAUGGAUUGCUGGUCCAAUAAUGAUUAGUGAGGGACAGCCGGGAUUUCAAGAAGCUUCAAAUGCCUUGAGAGAUGCUGAACGGGAGAAACAAAACUGUGAGUCUCAGGUGAGGAACUGGAUUGCAAAAAUGUUUCAUUACGAGGGAAAAAUCUCUAAGACACAGACUGAAAUUGAGCAGGCCAAUGAAGCACUGAAGAGGAUUGAGUGGAAGAUUGAAGAGGUUCAAGAGCAUCUAACAGGCACAGCUGGAAUUCAGGAAGUGGUCAGGAGAACUGUCAACCUUCUGAGUGUUCUUAGUGGAAGAGUCACUGUACUGGAGAGACAAACACAACGUUUCAUCCUCUGGCAGCCUGUAGUAAAGUCCAUGGAAGAUGUGAUGAAGGCAAUAGUAAAUAUUGCUGAGAAUCGGCUCCUCAAUAGUGAUGGUGUACUAGGCCCUAUAAAUACUUUGAGGGAGAAUGUUGGAGGAUUACUGGCUUUAUGCAACUCGCCCAGUAAUUCUGAAAAUGACAGCUAUUACUAA